GUGAAGAUGGACCAAAAGAAAACAAAUAAAUUUUGGGGGGAAAUUAAAAAAAAUAAUAAUAAAAUAAAAUUAGGAGAAUUUCACAAUCAAAAAUUUGGAAUAAUGGGAUUGGGGGGCCAGGUCUCCAAGACAACGUGAACCGAAGUUAGCAAUUCGUGCAUGCAAUCAAACCCAAAAACGACAACGUAUGACGUCUCGUCAUCAUCAUUUUCAUCAAACAUCAAAUCCGGGAAGAAGACGAGUCAACAAAAAAAAAAAAAUUGGAAUGAAAUAAACAUGGCUAAGAAAGUCUUCUCCAAUCUCCGCUCCUUUUGGGCUACGCGUCGGCAACGCUAUGAAUAUGGGGCAACUCCGAUCCUAGCGCGUGUGCGUCCCCACGCGCUUGAUCUUUUCCAUUUCCCAGAUUCCUGAAAUCUAUAUCCUAAACUCCCCACCAUGCAUAAUCAAUGAGAAUUUCUGGAUGUGAAGACAACCCAACUUAAUCCUUUUUCUUAUAGUUCUUUUGGUUCUUUUUCCCUUUCACAUUCAUUCAAAGAACCCACCAAAACCUUCAUCUUCUUCAGGUAAUUUGAUUUCCUUCCUCCCCUGUUAAUACUUUUGAUCAUUGUUAGCUAGCUCUGGUUGUUGUUGUUGUUGUUUUCUGUCAAUUCUAAACUUAUGACUUGAGAUAGAACCUGGGUUUUUAAUUUUUUUUAAAGAUUCGGUUUUUAGCCGCAGUUGGUUUGACUUUAUGUGAUCAUUUGGAAUUAAGGGGUUGAAAAAAUUAUAUGAAGAUUAUGACGUUUUUAAAUCGUCUUAAACCCAAGAAGUUUCGUGGUAUUUUCAAUGGAGUAUGUGCUGUAGUCUUUCUGGUUUUAUUGUCCUACAAUGGAGAUAAUAUUCAAAGUCCUCUGUAUGAGCUGUCCCGUCUUAAGCUUCCUUAUGAAGGGCUAUUAGGAGGAAGUCAUGAUCGUGGAUUAGUAAGUCAUUUCGGGGUUGAGGUUGAAGUGAAUCGGAGGAAAAUUCAAGAGGAUGUCACUAUUUCGUCAAAUCACAGCCUAGUUGACAAAGGGUCUCUGGAGAAUCAUUGGGAUACGAACAGGAAAGCCGUGAUAUGCUCGGGGUUGUAUAAUCACACUGGCUAUGCGACUAAGUGUGAUUAUUUGAGAGCCAAUCCUCAGUGCAAUUCGGGAGGAUUUUUCAAUUAUAUCAAGUUUUUUUACUGUGACUGUCAAAGUUUUGCUGCUCUUGGGUAUAUUGUCUUAGCAAUUUGGUUGGUGACUUUGUUCUAUCUAUUGGGGAAUACCGCUGCGGAUUAUUUCUGCUCUUCUCUUGAAAAGCUGUCGAAUUUGUUGAAUUUCCCGCCUACCGUUGCAGGGGUGACUCUGCUUCCAUUAGGAAAUGGUGCACCGGAUGUGUUUGCUAGUAUUGCUGCUUUUGUAGGCCGUGAUUCUGGUGAAGUUGGGUUGAAUAGUGUGCUUGGAGGGGCUGUUUUUGUGGUCUGUGUGGUUGUGGGAACUGUUUCGUUGUUUGUCGCGGAGCAAAAUGUGAGAAUUGAUAAGAAAUGUUUUAUUAGGGAUGUGUGUUUCUUUCUCUUUGCCCUGCUUGCUCUAUUUGUUAUUUUGUUGGUGGGUGAGGUGAGUGUUGCUAGUGCAAUUGCCUUCGUAUCUAUAUAUGUUGUUUAUGCACUUUGUGUUGCUGCAAAUGAGAUUGUAAGAAAGUGUACUUGGGGUUUCAAGUUAGAUUCUGUUCCCCCACUGUUGCCAGUUAAGGAGAAGAAGUUACCUGUUUCGAAUGGUGAAGAAAAUGAGUCUUUGCAGGCUCCACUUCUUGAUUCUGAUUCAGCAAAUGGCCUGCCACAUCUCCAGGAAAAGGUGCCUCAUUGGAUGUGGUCUCAAAAUGUGUCUAUCUAUUCAAAUGAAGUGGUAAAGAUAAGUGGCACUGAUGAUCCGAAGCUCUUAUGGGGCUGGAAUGAGGAUGAGAAUUUUGAUGAUCAGUCUUCUUCUUCUUGCUCCAAGUUCUGCUCGAUUUUGGAAUUACCUUUGAUGCUCCCAAGAAGGUUAACGAUACCUAUAGUUGAUGAAGAGCGAUGGUCAAAGGGGUACGCAGUGGGCAGUGCUUCUUUAGCACCUUUGCUCUUGGCGCUUCUUUGGGAUACUCAGGAUAUAAGCCUCCUUGCCAAGGGGAUUGUACUUUUAGUUGGUGCUUUUGUUAGCAGUGUCCUCGGUGUGCUUGCAUUUGUAUACACCAGCUCAGAUCACCCACCUCAAAGGUUCUUAUUACCCUGGGUUCUGGGGGGAUUCUUUAUGAGUAUCAUUUGGUUCUACAUUGUAGCCAAUGAGCUCGUGGCCUUGCUCGUGGCUUUUGGCAUCAUGUUUGGAGUCAAGCCAUCUCUGCUUGCAUUAACCAUACUGGCAUGGGGUAAUUCAAUGGGUGAUUUGAUGUCCAAUGUAGCAAUGGCAAUGAAUGGGGGAGACGGUAUACAAAUAGCAAUAUCGGGAUGUUAUGCGGGGCCUAUGUUCAACACUCUGGCUGGAUUGGGUAUCUCAUUGCUUCUUGGAGCUUGGAACAGCAGACCAGCACCGUAUGUUGUUCCCAAAGAUUCCACCCUGUACUCGACAUUGGGUUUUGUCACCUUAGGACUUGUAUGGUGUCUAGUUGUAUUGCCAUGGAAGAACAUGCAUCCGACAAAGUUGUUAGGAUUGGGGCUUAUGACCAUCUACUUGAUCUUCCUUUCUUUCAGAGCCACAUUUGCCUUGAGUGAUACAUCACUCAAUUUGUAAGUGGAUAUAGAGUAAAAUUUAGUGUAGCAGAGUAGUAACUGUAUCAGUAUAGAUUUUCUUCUCUUUGCUUGGAAAUGUACAUUCUUUUAUACAGUUACAUCAUAAUGUUGAGAAAAUCACAUGUUAAUGGUGAAACUUCAUGACAUUUAUCAUUAACUUUAUAUCCUGACAUGGUUCAUUCUAAAAUCAUUCAUAUUAUAUAGGGCAGUGCAUAUUCAUAAGUCAUCUGUUUUCCUGGUUGUCAAUGGCUUUUGUGGACAUCUCAGUUGGCACAGGGAAAUGAACUAAACAGAAUAAGGAACCUGGAAAACUUCAUUCUCUAUUCUACGAGAACUUUAUGAAAGCCUUGGCCUAAUUCUUAGUCUGAUAAUUGAUCCUACCCCGUUGUUGAGAUGGAGAGAAAAACCUAUGAUAAAUCUUUUCGGGAAAUUUCCAAAUGAACAAUUUCAAUGAAAUCUUCCAAGUUGUUAACCU